GUUUACUAGUUUGGCAGUCUAGCUGUGGUUCUUUCAGUGUGCUGGACAGAGUUUAUGACUAGAAGUUGGUCAGUUUGUAUUGGUCAGUUCUGCGACCCUUGCUGCCAUUGGAGUCAGCAUACAGGUUUUUAAAUCACCUGGUUCUAAUAGGGUUCAGAGGAAUAUAUCUGACUUUCACAGCAGCUUGAUGGAGGAUUUAGGGCUUCGAGACUAUCAGCUUGAAGUGGUUGAGCGGGCUGUGAGGGGGGAGAACAUCAUCAUCUGGCUGCCAACAGGAGGAGGAAAAACUCGCGCUGCUGUUUUCGUUGCUAAGAGACACCUGGACACCACACCCAAUGCCAAAGUGGCUGUCCUCGUUAAUAAGGUGCACCUAGUUGAUCAGCACUAUAAUAAUGAGUUUCGCACACCCCUGAACAAGUACAAAGUUGUGGCCAUCAGUGGUGACUCAGAGGAGAAGAACUUUUUUGGGUGCGUGGUCAGGGACUCGGACAUGGUCAUCUGCACAGCGCAGAUCCUCCAGAACGGCCUGAGCCACACUGAGGAGGAGAAACACGUAAAGCUCACAGAUUUCACACUGCUCAUCAUUGAUGAGUGCCACCACACGCAAAAGGAUAAUGUGUAUAAUAAGAUCAUGGGCCACUACCUCAAGCGCAAGAUCGAGGGCGAGAGACGACUACCCCAGAUCCUGGGCCUCACAGCAUCACCAGGGACAGGAGGUGGAAAGAUCCUCGACAACGCUGUAAAACAUGUACUACAGAUAUGUGCAAAUCUGGAUUCAGUGAUCGUCUCAACAGAGAACUACAAGCCUCAGCUGAAAAAGGUUGUCCCCAGGCCAGUGAAGAGAUACGAUAUUGCAGACAAAAGAUCUCAGGACCCCUUUGAGGAGCAUCUGAAGAGCUUGAUGUCAAUGAUCCAUGAGUUCAUGUCUGCGGAGGAGCUCAUCACAUUCCGGCAGUUUGGAACACAGGAGUACGAGGGUGAUGUGGUGCAGCUGGAGAAGAUUGGUGUGAUGAAAAAGAACAGACUGUUGUCUCAGUGUGCAAUCCACCUGCGAAAGUACAAUGAUGCCCUUCUCAUCAAUGACACCGUUCGCAUGGUGGAUGCUCUAAGAGUCCUUGAGGAGUUCUACAACUCCAAGGAAGGUUUUGCUCUGGAUGGAACGGAUUUGUUCCUGUCUGGACUAUUUGAAGAAAACCAUGCAGAGUUGAAGUUUCUGGCAGCUGACAAGCGUUUUGAGAACCCCAAGUUGGUCCGCCUCGAGCAGACCCUCCUAGAUCAGUUUAAAGCCCUCGAAGAGGAUAAGAGUGAUCAUAGCCCCCAAAGAGAAUCAAAACCCCCAAAGUGCAUCAUCUUCUCAAAGACGCGCCAGGGCACCCGCUGUCUCUUAGACUGGGUGUGUGCCAAUGCCAAGCUGAUGAACGCCAACAUCAGGGCUGCCAUGCUGGUCGGCGCAGGCACUGGCGAUACUCACAUGACCCAGAACAAGCAGAAAGACACCAUCUCCAUGUUCAGAGACAACGUCUACAACAUGCUCAUCUCCACCAGUGUCGCCGAGGAGGGUCUCGACAUCCCAGAGUGCAACAUGGUGGUCCGCUAUGGGCUGCUGACCAAUGAGAUUGCCCAGCAGCAGGCCCGGGGCCGAGCAAGAGCUCAGGACAGUGUGUACUCGGUGGUGGCAGCUGAGGGAAGCCGUGAGGUCCGCAGGGAGAUGAUCAACGAGUACCUUGAGGAGCUGACCAGCAAGGCUGUCGCAAAAGUGCAAUUCAUGGAGAAAGUGAACAAUCUGGAGUAUCGGCGCAAGAUAGAGGAGCUCCAGCAGGUUGCUGUGGUAUCUCGUGUGAUGGAACAGACGAGGGAUAAGGCCAAGCGUCGCUUCGCAGCCGACCAGGUACAGCUCUGCUGUCGGGAGUGCUUCACUCCGGUCGCCCACGGAAACGACGUCAGAGUCAUAGAGAACUCACAUCAUGUCAUUGUCAACAAAGCCUUUGAGAUGUACUACAAAGUGGGAGGACAAAUAAACUUUGGAAAGCAAUUUGAAGACUGGGAGCCUGGACGGAAGAUCUGCUGUGCUAAAUGUAGAAAGGACUGGGGAAUGGAGAUCAAGUUUAAGAAAGUGGCUGUUCUUCCCUGCAUACAAAUUAAGAGCUUCUCUAUCAAAACACCAGAGGACAGUGGUCUCAAGUCUCAUAAGAAGUGGAAAGAUGUGCCAUUUCCAGUGGAAGAGUUUAACUUUACAGAGUAUGUCAGUAGCUUAGGCUUUGACCUAGACUCAACCAGCUAAUGCUUUAACACCAUGUUUGCAGGAUUGGUGAUUUGCACAGCGGUAAAAUGUGUGGCGUAGUUUUUAUGAAAUGCUGAAAUAGGCCUAGUCUUUUCUGAAACCCAGCACCUUAUCAAAUGAACAUUACACUCUUUCUACAUCUUUAAAGUGAUUACCAUUUAUGCAGUUGUUAUAUAUAAGUGGUCUUCUUGUGGCUGCAGCUGCCACUCUGACCACUAGGUGUCUAUGUUAUGCUAUAUUUUAUUUUCAGCAGUUUCCUGUCCAUCCAGUAGACUAUGAGAUUGUACUGAUUGAAUGUCAGUUCGUCUAAGAUCAUGACUGUCAGCUCUGUUUCAUUUUAAGUAAGUAGUAUCUUAAGACAUGCUUCAAAAGCAGGAACUAGCCUAUUCAUUGAGAAUUUGUAUAUAUUAUCCUAAUGGAUUUUUACAUCCAAUGCAUUUUGCAUUAAUGCAUCAACAUUAUAAUAAUAAUAUCAAUAAUCAAUCAUGGGUAUAACAUAUGUUUUGAAAAGAUACUGGACAAAUAUCUUCCCGUCUGCAGUGUGACAAUUACUGUCUUUUUAUUUCAUGAAUUUAGAAAUGCCUCACUAUGUAAAAUCACUGAUCUAUGAGGUUUUCUCUUGAAGAAUAAUAUAAAUAAAGUGUAUUUUUUUUCCCCUGUGA